UCACUACACAGGUGGAUAAGCUCCUCUCUCCCUCACAGAACAUGUCCGCCCCUCUUCCACUACAUCCCCAUCGGCGACGAGACGAACACCCACCCCUGCCUGGUCCAUGGCGGCCGCCCUUCCCCUGCCGCUGAUCUAUGUCCCCUCCCCCACCCCCCUGCCGCUGCGCCGGUCCAUGGCGGUCUCUUCACGCAGCCCGGAUCUGCCGCCUACGGCUUCCACCUCGCUUCCCUUUUCCCCAUCGCUCUCCAGCCCCGCGACGAACGCGUUCGCGGCCACCAGCCUAGUCCGCAGCCACGGCUCCGCUCCAGCCGCCAUGGAUGAGUUUUGCCUCCAACGGGUCGUCGGCACCGACCACCGGGCAGCCUUGGAGGGAUCCGGCAGAGGCUCCCCACCUCUACUACGGCUGGAGGAGGCCAUCGAUGCCCCCUACUUCACGCCGUCCCAGCAACAACGAGCGCCGCCGCGUCCGUUCGUCGGUACCCCCUGCUCAGCGUACUUCGUAGACGAUGUUCUACAAGCAGUCUUGCCCGGGAAGAAAAUGCACAUCACGGGGAACUUGAGAGUGGAGAAGAAAAACCCAAUCCAGGCAGGUGCAUUGGCUGAGGACUUGGUUGGCACCGACGUCGUCGGCUGCGGAAGGCAGCGAUGGCCAACACUCGCUGGACGGCGAUGGCGCAACAGUGGCUUGGCGGCGCCGACGUCUCACUGCAAUGUGCGUUUGAACUUCGACAUCGAAGAAAGACAUCGAGAUUAACUGGGAUGGAACUGGCCACAUACUGCGCACAAGAGGAUAGUCUGCAUCUGCGUUGGCUAGAAGCUCGUCGGCGCGGGCGUCGUCCGCUGCGCAUGGCGGCGAUGGUGCAGGACAGGCUGGGCGGCUGCGACGUACGUCCGGGCGGGCAAAGGCAGGAAGAUCGAGUUGAUUCCCGUAAGUUUAGCCGUUUGUUGUGAGGCGGACGUAUCAAUUGCCGUAAUUGUGGCUGUUUUUCUGUAAUUGAUUGGCUUGAAUUUUUUUUGCGGGGAGGUAGAACUGUUCGAUCGAUGGCAGAGUUUUGUCCGCUAUUCUAAACUAGUAUAACGCCCGUGCGUUGCCACGGGCUCUUCAAAAUUUAUAAUCAAUAUUUUUCAUUUAUCA